AUGAAAGGUUUAAUACUGAUUGCAUGCGGUGCAUUCAGUCCACCGACUUUGAUGCACAGGCGUAUGUUUGAGAUUGCGAGAAAUCACCUAAUGGGGCGUGGUGCCUUUGAGGUGAUCGGUGGCAUAAUGUCACCAGUACAUGAUGCGCUACGGAAGCCAGGAUUAGUGGCAGGCACACACAGAUUGGCCAUGCUGAGAUUGGCGCUGCGCACUUCUAAUUGGAUACGAGUCUCUGACUGGGAGUUGCAACAGCCGCAAUGGACGCCGACGGUGGACGUGUUGAAACAUCACAAGGACAGCAUAAGUAAUGUGAUGAAAGAUAAAGUGGAAGGCAGGAGAGAUUUAGUACUGCCAGAAUGGCUGUCGCCAGAAGUGACGGAGCGCACGGAGGAAGUUCAUUUGAAAUUUUUGGCAGGUGCGGAUUUGUUGGAGACAUUUGCCGAUCCGCAGUUGUGGACGAAAGAAGAGGUUGAAACAAUGUGCAGUUAUGGUUUGGUGGUAAUUUCCCGCUAUGGUUCAAAGCCCGAAAAGCUUAUUUCUGAAUCAGACGUUAUCUCAAAGUAUUCUCGUAAUAUUGAGGUGAUAACAAAUUGGUCAACAAAUAAUAUGAGCUCCACUCUGGUGCGUCGUUUACUGAAACGUGGUCAGUCUGUGAAAUACCUAAUUGAUGACGACGUUAUUGACCACAUAAAGAAAUAUAAUUUGUACAACUGGUAAAUUAGAUUGGUGCUGUUAUCUUUCUUCUCUUAGUCUCUUUUUCAAUCUGUGAAAUAAACUUUUGAUCAAGUAGAGGAAGGUUGACUGCUGACUGCACCGAAGCAGUUUUGAAAUGAGCCACAAUAGAGGUAUAAGAGAGACGUAAAGAUAUUACUUCCAUGGCGACCUUUUCUUCCUGAGCAGUGUAGAGAGUUUGCCGAAAGUGGAAAAAACAAGUAUAAUCUGUUCUGGGUAGGUACUUAAAGUUAGAAGGUUAUGCCUAAUACCUGCUCUUGCGUCCACGUUAUUUUAUCCUGGAGUUCUUCAAAAAAGACGUGCGAAUCUUUGAUUACAAAGGCAGAAAGGUAUUUUCCAUUGAUAUUUCAACAUUUGUCUAUCAAGAGAGAAACUCAUUAGAGAAAAACACUCAAUAAAUAAUAUAAACAUUUAUAAAUGCCCGAAAUU